AGGAAACAACACCCUGCUAGGGCCUUACGUGAACCGAUUUCUAUAGGCAGGGCAACAUGUGGAUGUCGUUCGAUUGCUAGUGUUUCUCCACAAUAGAGUAAAGACUGUUUUGUAAACCAGAUCCAGAGUGCGGACACGGGGGGGAAAGGUUUAGCGAGCCCGCCACGAUAUGUUCAAGUAAAAGCUAACGAUAAGCGAGUGGCCGCACGGAUUAAAUAUUAUCAGUACCACUGAUGUGACUUUGAUCGGCGCUAGAAUGACGCGGGGCGCGGCGCCAGUGUGCGGUUUGGGGUUCAGAUAGGGAGUUACGAGGCGGCCGAGGGGAAGCUAGGUAGGUCCAGACAUUGUUUACGUAGAUCGGUGUUACGUGGUCGUACAGCCGACUCAUCGAGCUGGGCAGAUGUAGAUGCAGACGUAGCUAUGUCACAGGCGGACAGACGGACGGGCGAGCACAAACUGGGGACGUCGUGCUAGAUAAUAUUCAGCUGUUGCACCAUAGUUCUGGAGGCUUGUCACAGAAGUGAGACAGCGAUCCGUUUGUGAAUGAAGGAUUACAUUUACUGACACAACCACCAAACGCAGGGGUUCAUGUGCAUCUGUGUUCUAGAUAUGCAGCUGUUAGAGCUAACAGAACAUGUAAUUGAUCGUGUACAGACGUGAGAAAAGAGUCUACAGAAUUGAGAAAAACGUCACGUGUGUGGAAUUAAGGAUUACUGUCUUAAAUACCAUAAUUAUGUUGUGUUCUUGUGCAUCCGUUUUCAACUUUUAAAUGCGCGGCUGUCUCAAAACGGCGAUUCUAACUAACAGAAACCAGAAUUUGUUACCAGCAGAAGUUCUUUUCGGACAACAGUGCGUGGAGCCUUUGUUGGCCAGCUACAGUAUAGUUGAGGUGAUUGCGAUUAGAUUUGAAUGCACAGUUAUUUAAAUUAACAGUUAGUAGCUAAACAUUGGUUUGGAUUGUUUAUAGUGCACAGUAGGUAAAGGUUAUCUGCACACAUGUGCAUUUGAGCUUCGGGUGAGUGUGUACUAUCAGGUUUCUUUCGAUAUAUCACAUUCCGUGUUAUAAACAGUGGUCGGUCGACUGCAUCAUGGCUGGGCUUCGUGUAAUCUGCGUGGUACAUGCUGUCCUGUUUGCUGCGUUCAGCUUUACCCAGGCAGUCGAACCACCGGCGAAUAUCUCCCUUCAAAAUGACGUCACGCUAAACAUCACUGACGUCAUCGGUGACAUCAUGCUUGACAUCAUACCCGCAGACACGGUGACGAUUAUCAUGUACAGCGAGACCAUGAUCUCGGUGAACUACACGCUGCGGUGUUAUAACCGAAAUAUCACACACCUGUUGAAGAUACACACCCUGAACCAUGACGUGGCCUAUCUAAAGGGCAUGCAUCAAUACAACGUGUCUUGCGCGGACCUCCGGGACUCGCAGACUGACAGUGAUCUCCAAGACAAUGAUCUCCAAGACAGAAACUUCACGCUUCAUUCGGGAGACUUCAACUUGACGGUGUACGCCGACCUGAUCGGCAGGACGUGGCUGGUGUUCGACACGUUCUCGAUCAACGGGGCGAUCGGCGACAAACCGUUCGAGAACAUCUCCUCGUCGGGAGAGAGCCGCAGGAUCUAUAGGUACAAGGUGGUGGUGAUCCGGAUCCGCCGACUCAUCGACUACAUAUUCCGCGGGGUCGUAUACGUGUUCGUGAUCGGGACGACGGUCGGGAUGGGCUGCAAGACGGACCUGGACGUCGUCAAGAAGGUGCUCAAGAAACCCAUCGCGCCGUUAAUCGGACUCUUCUGCCAGUACGUCGGCAUGCCGCUCAUUGCGUUUGGCGUGGCAAACUUAAUCAAUCUGGACAACCCGGCUAUACGACUGGGCAUCUUCGCGUGUGGGAUCUGUCCUGGCGGCGGCCUCAGCAACAUAUACUCAUACCUGCUUGGCGGCGACGUGUCCCUCUCCAUCACGAUGACGUGCAUCAGCACGGUGGCCGCGCUAGCUAUGGUACCGCUGUGGAUGUUUACGCUGGGACAGACGUUCGCAGACGACACGACGACGAUAUCCAUUCCAUUCGCAAACAUCCUACUGACUCUGGCAACCGUCAUUGUGCCUCUCUUCGUGGGCCUCUUCGUCAAAUACAAAUGUCAAAAACUCGCCAAACUCAUCAUCAAGAUCAUCAAGCCAGUCUCCAUAGUGACAAUCCUGUUCCUCAUUGGGUUCGGCGUCUACACCAACUUGUGGAUCUUCCGCCUGUUCAAACCGUCCACGGUUCUGGCGGGAUGCCUGCUGCCGUACAUCGGCUACGUGACCGGCGGAUUGAUAGCUUUCAUCUGCCGCCAGCCCUGGUACCGCGUCAAAACGAUCGCCAUAGAGACGGGAAUUCAGAACACGAUGAUCGCCUACCUGCUGCUACAGUUCUCACUUCCGGUUCCGGACGGCGACUUGGCUGCGGUUGGUCCAGUCGCGUCUUCCGUUAUGACGCCACUUCCGCUGUUCGUGGUCGUCAUAGUUUAUCUGAUUUACAAGCGGUGCAAGAAGAAAUACGGCACCGUGUCUGACGGAGAGGAGACAGGCGCUGAGAUGAAUGGUACAGAUGAUAGAAAGAAAGACAAAGACAAAAACAAAAACAAAAACAAAGAGAAAAACAAAUCCGACAAGAAGAAUCAAGCCGUUAACGGUUCGACUGAGAAGGAUGAAAAAGAAGCGGAAGAACUCUUAGACAAGGUUUCGUCGAUGUGAAAAACCCUCAACCAAACGCCGAAACAGAAUUGUGACAUUUUUGUAUACACUGUAGUUAACACCGACCUCUCAAUAAACUACUGUGACAGGAUGGUUCAUUUGAAAAAAAACAACUAUAUCGAUACCAGUUGACGUCGAAUAAGGCAACAACCAAAACCAGGCGCGGAUUGAGGCGGCGGCUCAAGGGGCCCAGCCACCCCCCUCUAUUUUUGGUCAAACAAUAUAUAUUACAGAAUACACCGAAAAUGCAAACUUAUCCCGACUAUCUGUCGAGGACCUUUAAAUUCUAUUUUCAAAACCAAGAACGGCUUUUGGGGCCCCCUCUAUUAAAAAAAUCCUGGAUCCUGUAAAUGGCACUUUUAUAUAAUGGAAAUUGUACAUUGUUUUCGCUGUGAAGUAUAUUUUUUAUACAUAUUUUAAAGCAUUGAAGCUUCAGGAAUAAUAUUUUGUAUUUUUAUAUAACAGUAUUACUCUAAUUAUUGUGUUAUGUAUGCCACUAUAUGCACUGUUUUGUGAAUGGUUUCUGUUGCGAAUUCCUUUCCAAAUCACUGAUUAGGACGAGCUUUAGCAAGCUCCAUCUGUGUACAUUGUUAACACGAAAAACAGUAGUUUAGGGUCCGUGUAUUAAGUGACUGCAUUACACACUGUGUAUCAAUGUGUAUACUAACAAACGGUUUUCACACUUCAGGUAAGAUGUCUGAGGAUUUUUAAUGGUAUGGAGCACAUUUUUUUUUCUACUUUAUUCAAAUAAUCAUGAACGACAAAACGAUUUUCUUUAAUCAAACAGUCGAAAGGGUAUUUUGGCAAAAUCGUCCAUGAAUCACUAUCUGCUGCCUUGUCUGUAUGAUGACUGCCACUUCUCAGGAUAUCUUUUAUAUAAUGUUACAUUCUACUCGAAAUAUAUAUAUAUAUAUAUGGCAUGUACUUAUAGCGAGUAUUUGCGAACAGUUAUAUGUAUUAUCUUAAAAUACCAGGAAUAAAUUAAAUUAGGGCAGAGUUGUACUUACUUAGGAUCUUCUACAGGUAGCAGUAAAUGGCAUUUCUUAACAAAAGGGGCAUUUCUGUUGUAUUUGUCAAGCCAGGGGGUGAUGGUAAUGGUGGAGGGGUGGGGUAUUGUUUUCCCCCUUUAUUUCUGCUAGGUACGGCCCUAAAGGGGGUGUUCCUCGUUCUUUUUGUUGUUUUGUUUUGUUGUAUUUUGUUAUGUUCAUAUUUUGUUUCGUUCGGGGUUGGGGUGGUAGUGGGGGAAUUGGGGAAACAUUGGAUGAAUGCGAUAGUAUACGCUAUAAACCAGUGAAACUUAUCGUUAGCGUUCGCCCUGAUGAACGCGGCACGUAUUUAAAGGUAGACUGACGUUAACUGAUGAAGAACUGUUUAGCUAGCAUGAAAUCAGCUGUAAGAAAACUUAUAUUGGGAUAUAAUAUAGCUAUUAAUGAAUUAAACUAAGUGUAGAUUA